UGUCUUUUCAGCUUUUCAGCUUGUUGAAAAGGUCCGAGAAGUUACGAUUCUUGGGAACAUGUUUUUGUAAACAAUAAAAAAACAAGAGAUCUUCCGAGUGAAUCACUUCCGCCAUUUUGCAUUUUUGACAUGUAAACACAUAAAGUAAAUAUGUCCAGGGAUUCGAAUAAUUACAGUCAAAGCUACAAGCUUGUCGUCGUCGGAGGUGGUGGAGUAGGAAAAAGUGCUCUUACAAUCCAAUUUAUACAGUCCUACUUUGUAACAGAUUAUGACCCAACAAUAGAAGACUCCUAUACAAAACAAUGUGUUAUUGAUGAAGUGGUGGCAAGGCUAGACAUAUUAGAUACUGCUGGACAGGAAGAAUUCUGUGCGAUGCGAGAACAGUACAUGCGGUCAGGGGAGGGAUUCUUAUUGGUGUAUUCAGUCACAGACCGUGCCAGUUUUAAUGAAGCAUACAAAUUCCACAAACAAAUUUUGCGUGUAAAAGAUCGAGAGGAAUUUCCGAUGAUACUGGUUGCCAACAAAGCAGACCUAGAACAUUCUAGGGUGGUUACGAGAGAGGAAGGACAGGAAUUCGCUACACAGUUAAAGAUUAGUUAUAUCGAAGCAAGUGCCAAAGUCCGCAUGAAUGUAGAUAAAGCUUUUUACGAUCUGGUUAGAAUUAUAAGGAGAUUUCAAUUACACGAGAGUCCUCCUAUCAAACCAGCUAAACGAAGCAAAAAAUGCACCAUUUUAUGAUGGAACAUCAACUGUUUACUCAUUUUUUUCAACAGGACAUAUAAUGUAACUGACAUUAUUCAAGACAGUGGAGUUUUGUUGUGUGUUGUACUGUCAGUCUCAUAUUGUUGAUGACAAUCCAUGUCUUGGUCAUCUGAAUGUUUGAAUGCUGCAUUCUCCUCAAUGUUGUGGUUAAGCUUCAAGCAAGAGUUGUCACAACUCUGAAAAUUAAUGUGCGUCGUGCUCACAAUUUUUUUCAUAUUAUAUGUGUUAUAUGAUUCACUGAUCCCAAAGUAUUUGUUAAUAUUCAAAGAUGUAAGAAUUUUGUGAAAUUGUAAAAGUAAUUUAAAUUUAACAUUUUAUUUUUUUCUCUUCUAUUCAUCCUUAAUGAAUACCUACAGCAAUACCUCAUUUUAUUUUGAAAUGAAAGUGAUGAACUUAUUUCAGCAUGAAAAAUUGCAUUAUGUAUGUACGUUAUUUAUUGCUUUGGAACAGUUGUAAUAUUUGAAUACAUGUAUCUUACUCGAUGAAGAAGAAAAAUAUUCCAUUUUUUUUUUUUUCGUAACUGUAAGACAGUAGUAAUAUAUAUGAUAAUAUAGAAGAAAAAAAACAAGACGUAAUAAAAGCCGACUCGAUUGUGGCCUUAGGUAAAUUAUUUUACUAAACUAAAAACAGCGAAUGUGUUCACACACUAUUGUUGUUUUGUUUUUUCCACCAUUAACCACUUUGGUCCCUUUUAUAUAAUUUUGUAGUAUUGUACAGAUGAGGGUAGCUGACAGAUUUUUGGGAGUGUUGGGUGGGGAAAGUUUUCUUUCUUUUCAUUUCGAUUGGACAUUUAAAUUUAUGAAUGUGAUUGCUUCAAUAUGAAGGUUUGAUAUGGCUUUUUAUUACGUCUUGUUAUAUGAAAGCUGGAUCACCUAUUGGGUAUUAAUUUAUUGUGUUAUUUUAAAUCAAGACUCUGUGCAUUAUAUAGACUAUGGCCCAAAUGCAUGUAGACAUUUUUCCCUUUCCAAUCACUGGUCUCUUUCAUUAUGAAUAUUUAUACAAUUAUUCUGCUAUCAUGCAUUCCAUCAAAUGAAAUUGUUUUUUGUAUACAAUUUUUAUAUUUUUAAAAUACCAUCUUUAUUAUACAUAUUAUCACAUUUUUCUUUCUUUAAAGAAUGGAAAAAAAAUUAUAUUGUAUCUGUAUAACAAGAGUAGUAGUGUAUUCAAGAAAAUAUGUACUUAGAAACGCACCAUUACUGUAUAGGGACUGUCAUUUCUCGUUUAGAGUUAGUGUCGCUUAAUGUCAUCGUUUAAAGUUUUCAAUCACUGGCAGUAGGAACAGAGUGAAAUUCACAUCUGCAGUGAUUACCAUCGAGUGUCUAUUCAGAGUGAAAAGUCUUAAUGUCAACUGGAUUACGAUCAACUCUGUCGAGAUUAGCAAUGAAGAAAACUGAAUGCCUUGUUGGGGGUUAAAGUAACAGACAGACUGUAGAUUAUGUGAUUAACAGACAGACUGUAGAUUAUGUGAUUAACAGACAGACUGUAGAUUAUGUGAUUAACAGACAGACUGUAGAUUGUGUGAUUAACAGACAGACUGUAAAUUAUGUGAUUAACAGACAGACUGUAGAUUGUGUGAUUAACAGACAGACUGUAGAUUAUGUGAUUAACAGUCUGAACAGACAGACUGUAGAUUAUGUGAUUAACAGACAGACUGUAGAUUGUGUGAUUAACAGACAGACUGUAGAUUAUGUGAUUAACAGACAGACUGUAGAUUAUGUGAUUAACAGACAGACUGUAGACUGUGUGAUUUAAGUUGGCAUUAUUCGUUGUUAGAAUGAGCAGGGUAACUCUGUCUUGAUUCCCACUAAAUGUAUUCAGUGAAGGAAUUUUGUCCCUGUAAUUAGUGUAGAUGAAUGAUAGUGAGAGACUGCUAUGCAAUAAGAAUACAAUGAAGUACACUCCCAAUACAGUAUGUGUGUUAAUGCAGUUUCUGUAGUAGAUUGCAGCGUACUCUGCAUGGGAAAUUCAAGACUGCCUGAUUGCCUCCAUUUUGUUAAGUUAGACAAUUUUCUGGGGCUUCCCGCUGCCAAAAGAUUGUGGAACAAAAACCAGGAAUUAUGAUAAUCAAUUACAUCUGUUUCUAACUUUGGUUGCCAUUUUCGUAUGAAAUAGAAAUUUAUGAAGAAAAUUGUACGCAUUCAAUUUCAUAUGAAGUUUCUCCGUUAGAAUUUGUUAAUUAAAUCUCUGUUGACCAUUUAGGUUCAACCUUCUGGCAACACAUAUCUACUGCAAUGGCACACAUAACCUGGCAAAGAAUGGCUUUAAAAAAAUGAAGUUGAGAGUUGUGGAAAUUCAAAACACUGGUUAAGCUUUACAUGAAGAAGGAAGCAAAAAAGUGUGGUGGGGGUGUCAAAUUUCUAGUGGGUCGAAUUUCCAGUGUACAGCUGUAGUCCUUUUGUUAUCAUAGUAUGUGUAAGUGGUGUUGUAAUAUUUAGCACAGACAGGAGGAGGGAAACUCUGAAAUUUACCAAGUUAAGGAGGAAUAACUCACCAGAGAAAUUGAUAUGGUAUUUUGAAAUUGAAACUUGCAAAUUUAUUUUAAUCAGUCAAAAAAUGCAGUUUUAGAACAAAGUAAUCAGGGGGGGGGGGAGGGAGGGGGGAAUUAAAACUCCUGCUGGACUUGAACCCGGAAUCUACAGAUCAGCAGUCACCACGUUAACUGACUGAGGUACUCAGCUAGGCAAUCAGAUUUAAAUGGAAUAUACAAAUAUCGCUGAUAUUUAUACUUUCAUUCAUGUUUAAAAAGGAAUUCAGCCAUUAUGACGAUGUAGUAUAUACCUCCUUAAGUUAAAGGGCUUGGAAGAAUCCAUGCUAGAGUGAGAGAUGUUUCUCUCUUUAGGAUUGGAAAAGUCCGUGUUUUGUAUAAUAUUAUGUGCUUUACAUACAAUAUCAGCAGCUUUUUAACCAGUAAUUUUUUUUCUCAUAAUAAUUUUGCUUAGCUUGAGAUAUCACGUAAAAUACCAAUGUAUUUCAGUUUUUAUGUUAUUAUUUUUUUCACUCAUAUAUUAACAAAAAAAGUAGCAUAAUGUGAAUUUUACCAAAGACUUCAGUGCAGGGGUACAAAAACUGAAACUCUUAAAGUGGAUAAAAGUUGACUCCAAAAAAUUUCGACAAAGCUAUGGCAGAAAUUUAUCACUUAAUGUCCAUAUUAAAAUGCCAGCCAUCUGAAUGAGCUUCAAAAGCAUGCAUCCUUCUAAUUCAAAGAUGAUAUUCAAAGACCUUUUUGUCUUGUAUUUUGAAUCUAUUAUAUGGAAUAAAAAUUGGUGGAGUAUAAUGAGAGAUGUCUAGUUGUAGAUGUGUUUUACUUUUGUCGUGUACGAAGUCUGUAAACGGAAUUGUGAUAACGUGUACGAGAUGUAUAUAAAUGUAAUAAUUAGGUUAGUUAUUGAACAAGCAGAUUGUUGCUAUUUAGUUUUCGAUUGUUCCUAAUAUAUUCAAACUAUGUAGAGGAUAGCAAAUGAACUAGUCAAUCUGUUGAUUUUCUAUUUUUGUUUUCUUGUUUUUUCUAUAAUAAUCAUGAUUCAUUAUAAACUUUGUUAAUUUAUUGAACUUUUUUCAGUCUUUUUUCUUUUUUCCCCAUUCUAUAUGUUGAGUAUGGUUUUCUGUAUAUGCAGAUUUUAGAUGUGGACUGCACUAUAUACACAUUUGAUAUGCAUUUUGUUUGUGCAUGUUUUUGAUUUAUAAAAUGUAUGUUGAGGAUACUUGUAUAGGUUUUUUUUUAAUGCUGUAAUGUUUAUUUCAUUUUCUUGACCCUUGUCUCGGAAUAGAAUUUGGAUCCUUUUGUACAAGGUAAACAAAACUGACACUGAAUUAUAAUGUCUUUGGUUGCUGUUCAUAAAGGUCGGUCCAGGUAUUUCCAUUUUUGAGAGGGGGAUGGUGGUAAUUUUUGUUGUUUUUCCCCUUUUGAUAUGAAGAUGAUUAGACAUAGCAAUGAGUAACAAUUUUUUAAAAAAGAACAAUUUUUUUUUCUAAAUCUAUUUUUGUAUCUCCUUGAUAUGAAGAGUUCUUGUAUGAUUUCCAAAAAUAGGUUGCAGUAGUAUUACUAUGCUUUGUAUAUCAGCCUAGCUAGGUCACCUGACAAGUAAAUUAAAUGCAAGGGGCCGGGUUCGAUUUCUGAUUUAUCCAAAGAUUUUUCUAACAUUCUUUGCUACAAUAACUUAGUUAUGUCUUUUGUAUACAUCAUUCUGUAAUACAUAAGAUCUGACUUUAUCAGAAAGUUCUAUGAAAUGAUGCUAACCUGAUGCCGAGUUUUCUUUGUAGGAUUAAGAUAGGAUGCAAGUGAAUUGUACUUGAAAUGUCGAGAAAAAUUAUAUAUGUUAUUGAGAAACCUUGCAUGGAUCCUUAAAAGGAAUAUAAGUGAAAGGUAUGUGUGGAUUGGUAUGUAAUUUAUAAUGUAGGCCUCGGAAUCAGUUUCAGUGUGAGAGGGGUGAUAAAUAUUGCAGGAUGUAUCUAUGCUUUAAGGGUGAGUGUAUUUCUCGACUUGCUUGUGGAAAUUGUACGAGUGUCUCAUUUUGCACCUGUUAAGAUUUUUUUUAACUCACCAGUACUACCUUGUCUUGUAUACAGAAUUAGUCGUCUGUGUAUAUAGAUCUACGAAGUGGAUAUUUAUGUGUCUUGAAUCCCCCAUAAUUUCCAGUAUUUAAAGUGAUUCCAAAUGUAUCCCUGUGACGUGAAUAAUGACUAAUGCUAUUUCAAGAAUUAUGAUCUUGUAUACCAUAUGUCCAUGUGUUUUUGUUUGGUUUUUUUUUUUUUUACAAGUAGAUGUUUUUUUAAAUUAUAUUGUGACUUAGGGACUAGAGAAAUUCUUCUUUUCAUCCAUCAAAAUUUUUCUUUUUUUCAUGACUUGCAAUUUUUUAUUAGGUUUUCAGUAAGUGAUGGUUAUUUUUAGUUGACAAUCAUUUCUCCUGGUAUAGGGGUGGUGUUAUAAUGUACUUAAGGGACCUUUAAAUUUAUCUGACCAUGUCAUGUGUUUCAAAGUGCUUUAUUUGGUAGCAAAGGAGGAGACAGUUUUGUUUAGUGAAUGUGUACUUUUGACUACAGUAGAUUUCUAAAUAUAGGCAAGGAAUUUAUUAUUGCAUAAUUUACCAAGAAGUACCAUUCACAAAAUAAAAUAUCUGGCUGUUACUUUUUUAUUGCUGAAAUGCAAUUAAAAAGUCCACUUGUGAAUUCAUUUUUUUGUGAUCUGAGGUCAUAUUUUACGGUGCUCACGUAAAGACUCUACUGUAUAGUUUACAGGCCCGUAGGCAGGGUUUUUCAAGGGGGGGUUACAUAGACUCGCAACGCGAGUCUAUCACCUCGCGCCGCGAGGUGCCACUACGGCAGGGGGUCUGGGGGCAGCUCAAGGCCCCCCAGAAGCUCUGGGGUAUUUGGUGCAAAAUCCUGCAAUCUAGCAAUUUCCUGACACUUAAUUUGAAUUUUGGAAUCAUGCCUUUUUUACUAUGAAUUUUCAUGAUUUUCAUAAAAAAUCCCGACUUUAAUAGUCACAAUUCAAACAAAUGCCAACUUUACUAGUGCUUAGUAGUUUUCAAGGGGGGGUUCGUACGAACCCCACGAACCCCCCCCCCCCCCCCCCCCCCCCCCCCCCCCCCCCCCCACGGGUGUGUUUUAGAUAAGUUCAUUUAUGUAAAGAGAAAGUGCUAACUACACUGUAUGGUGAUGUCAAUGUUUUUGUCAGAAUGUACAAAGCCAAAAUUCCCACCAGUUUAAAAUUGUUAAAGUAGCCCCUUCCAGCACACACUAGUGCAUCCACGCACACAUACACCCAUGCAUUUCAUUUUCAAGCUCUGCACACAAAAACAGUAUAAUUGCUCCAAACAAAGAAGAUUCAUAUUUGAUCAGGGAAGCAAAAUUAUUGAACUGAUUCAUUUAUGCUCUCUGCAAUAUUCUAGACAAUAAUUUCAGUGUUUUAGAAAAAUCAAAACCCUUAGAUUGUUAAACACAUUUUAUCUUUCAUAAUUAUUAUAGAAUGAUAUACAAAUUCACAUUUCAGGAGAUGCUAAUGGUGACCUGUAGUGUUAAUUUUGUAUCAAUAUGCUGGAUUUUAACAGGAACUGCUGUUACCUCACAACAAACACAAUUCCUGUUAAAUGAUAUGUUGGAAUUUUAGUUAUUUUCUACUAGGGAGCUAAGUACUUUGUGUAUUUGUUUAAUAAUUAUAACUGAUAUUUUGAUUGAAUGUUUGUUGUGCAUCAAUACAUACAUGCUUUUAAAGGCCUGCGUCUGUAUGCAAUAUUUUUGUGACCAUCCUGAAUUCUUUUUUUUCUGUAAUAUUUGGGAGUUAUCUCCCUUUUUCAAAUAAGAAAACACAGGAUGGUAUCACUACCAUUUCUUUCUUGAAUAUAUGCUUUUUGAGUGGGUGUCUGUCAACUUUUGUGAUCUGAUAUCAUUUAUUUUAUAAAUAAAACUGUUAUCUACAAACCCAA